AUGGACAUAUUGGGUUCAUGUGAGCGGAGCGGGACACGGUCUCGCAAUUGGCUUGAGACUUCGACGCAAUCAGCAGAGCUGUUCCACGGACUAAGCAUGGCACGGAAGACGACCAGCAUUGAGCGCCUCGAGCAGCGCAAUAGAGUAGCGAGGGCAGAGGCGGCGAGAAGUGCUCCUAAAAAAAUUGCCCCAACAAGUGACGACAGAGCGAGGGCCCGCUCCACCGCCAUGUCAGGGCUACUUGGAAAACAGCUGGCCAACAUCUCGGAUACUUUGGCCAAAGCCUCCCAGCGUCGCAAUGCGGAGGUGCAGAGAAGAAGUCCGCAGCCACCGGCCGCUCCUACCGCUUCGGCACCGGUACCCACUGAGUUCUACCUAACGUCAGACAUAGUGGCAGGAAGCAGCGCAAUCGGCAGUCCAAGUGUUCCGUCUCACAAACCCCAGACCAAGCCUACCCUGCAGAGCCCUGGGCAAUACGAUCUCGACCUGUCGAAAGCGAAUACUAUCAUGGGUUGA